CUCUGCCAGUAAGGGAACCCCUCUAAAAUAGGCCUUGGGUCCGUCCUACAGUAGGUUCCUUUCGCAGUAGUGGCCCGCGUGCUCUCCUGUCUCUCCUGUCUCUCCUGUCCUCUGGUCCCUGGAGUCCCUCCUGUCCGCCCUUGCUAGCGUUGCCUCAUUAGGCCAUUCUUCAACCUGGACCUCGCUCUCCUCUCUCACUCUCUUAGGCCCAUCGGUAUUCACGACUCCUAGUGUGGUAGCUUCAUACCUUCAUCCCUUCCUCCACCCACCAGACAAAGCAAAAUCCCACGCAUAGCACACGCCCAAACACAACAGCCUCAGCGUGGUGUCUAGCCUCUACUCCACCUACCCUCCACUCUAUUCUCCUUCCAUGCCGCUGAGCUCUAACGGCCGUAUAAUCACUCCACGCCGAUCUGAUACCUAGUGCCCAGUACCGUGUUGCCUCUGCUACUCGCUGUCUCUUUGCACUGCACUGCACCCACGCACCCUACACAACCACAAACCUCCCGCACCCCUCGCGCACACAGUGGCCCUCUCAGAGAUCGGCCGCAACCUCCGCCACUACACUGGUUCCCCAACUUUAACAUUCACUAGGCGGAAACCCUCUGGAACCCACACCUAACCUCGACUCCAUUGACCACCUGUCUUGCCUCUUUCUUCCCCUCCUCGCCCUCAAACACCCAGCCCAGCCUCAAUUCCACCUUGAAGCAGCGCUGGUACGUAACCCUCGCGUCUUCUCCACGAACACCGCGUUGGCUGUGGCUAUUGCUCUGCCCAACUUCAAUUUCUCCCCCCAAAAGGACCACGAAAUCACCCGGCCGUGAAGUAUAUGGAGGGCCAGCCUUCAUCUGCCAAUUCUCAAUAUCAAUAUCAGUCAGCACAGUGGUCGCGACUGGUGCGGCGAAACACUCUCGCAGACUCGACCCCCUCUUCAUCACCGAGUAUUGCUUCUUCCACUCAACUUCCUACCCCUCAACUCGACCUCCUCCCGAUUCUCCUUCCCCAGCAUUCCUCAUUCCACCAAGCCCAGCUUGCCAAGUACAACAGACUCAUAGCUUCAGCGAGAGCGACACGCCUACAAUCCUCACCUCUUCCACCUCUGCUGUCUGCUCAACACAUUCAGGCUGUGCCUGGUCUACGAUCCGGCUCAAGUGGCGGCAAUACGGCAAGAACUACGAAGCUUGGUGCUCGGGUUGGUCAUGGGAAUAAGGAACCUCGCAAAUCCAGUAAAGGCGAGCGUGCGCUCAUAACAGAGCAGGAAAAUCCCGCUAUCAUGCCGGGAAAGAAGUUGGACAUGACCAACCAGCUGCCCCCUAGACCGCGUAUACACCACCAAAAUACCAGUCUUUCCCAUCAAUCAAGUUCUGUUCCGUCGACACCACAUCAACAUGCACGCAAAUUCUCCUUCGAGUCGAGAGAACCCUCUCCCAAUGCUACAAAUAAUCAUUCGCCUCGGUCCGCAUAUUCGGAGUCGAACAUCAUACUUCCAUCCGCUAAAAUACCGCCACCCAGAGGAGGAUGUCGUUACGAGACCGCCAUGGCACACACGAAGCGCAGAAUGCCAUAUAGCAUUGGGGCCGAGAGACUGGAAAAGCAGAACACGGCAAGUGUGAAAAGCAAGCUGUCUGAAGAUGAGGAGCGGAUUUUGUCUACGGAUAUGCGGGAACUAUACGACCGGUUAUUACCUACUCCUGCGAGCGAAGCGCGAAGGAAAAUGCUAAUAGAGAAAUUGGAGAAACUGUUUAAUGAGGAAUGGCCGGGGCAUGAUAUCAAGGUGCACGUAUUUGGAUCAUCGGGGAAUUUACUCUGUACAGAUGAAUCGGAUGGUUAGUGUGCAAUUUUGGGAUGGUUCGAUUCAUGUGCUAAUGAGAUGUUAGUGGACAUAUGUAUAACGACAGAUGCCAAAGAGAUGGAAGGUGUUUGUCUGAUCGCGGAUCUUCUCGCUAAGAGUAAGCUCAAUUCAGCUGAUUACAGCCACUGAGGAAGCCCCCACUAACAUUGUACAUCAGAUGGGAUGGAAAGGGUCAUUUGUGUUUCCACUGCCAAGGUUCCAAUUGUCAAGAUCUGGGAUCCCGAGCUCCGCCUGGCAUGCGACAUGAAUGUCAACAACACACUUGCUCUUGAGAAUACUCGAAUGAUCAAGACAUACGUCCUCAUUGACGAUCGAGUAAGGCCUCUCGCUAUGAUUAUCAAACAUUGGACAAAGAGAAGGAUAGUGAAUGAUGCUGGUAUGGAUACCCCUUUGGAAGUUAGGAUAAUGUUUAUGGAUCUAACCUGCAAACAGCUUUUGGUGGCACGCUCAGUUCGUACACUUGGAUAUGCAUGAUUAUUUACUUCCUUCAAACUCGAAACCCCUCUGUAUUACCAGCCCUCCACCAACGACCUCACCUGAAACUCCCUUCAAAAGACGGGCUCGAAAGUGCAUUUGCGGAUGACUUGGACGCAUUGAAAGGACAUGGGGCCAAAAAUAAGGAAACACUGGGAGAGCUCUUGUUUGCAUUUUUUCGAUUUUACGGGUACGAGUUCGAUUACGAAAAGCAGGUGGUUUCUGUCCGGAAUGGGAAGUCGAUAACAAAAAUCGAGAAGAAGUGGCAUCAGGCCAAUAAUAACGCACUUUGUGUAGAGGAGCCUUUCAAUGUUGGACGAAAUCUGGGAAAUACCGCGGAUGAUACGUCGUUUCGAGGAUUACAUUUGGAAAUCAGGCGCGCCUUCGAUCUUGUGGCACAAGGGAAACUAGAAGAAUGUUGUGAGCAGUUUCAAUAUCCCAAAGAGGAGGAGAGAGUGUGGGAGAGGCCUCCACCCAAACCCAGGCCUGUCCUGCGUAGUACUUCACAGUCAACCCGAGGGAGAGGCGGCAAUCGAGGCGGCGGACGACAUAACCAAAAUAAUCGCAAUAAUAACAGUAAUCGAAGAGCCUCAAGCGCAGGGUACGAUAGCAACGCCCCCUAUAAUCCCGGGGCCCUUCCCCAGAACAUGACGGCUCAAGACAUAUGGCUUCAACGUCAAGCACAGGCUCAGUUGCACAACGAUUUAUAUACGACGUACUCGGUAUUGCAAGCGCAAGAGAACAGUCUGCGUCUUCAGCUAUAUAACCAAUCCCAAGGGUAUUUGCAAGCUCAACAGAAUCAAGCCUACGCACAGUCCCAGCAGGCUCAAAGUGCUUCUGGAUCAAGGACGGACAGAGGUUCCGAUCGAAAUCGAACGAGUUCAUUUGAUCAACCACCACUGACUGCUCCUCUUCGACCCGACAUGUACUUCUAUCCCAUAGGUUACCCAAGUUAUGGUUAUCAGACUCCAAGUACCAACCCUUCUUCGCCAUCUCUCAGCGCAGCAGUACCCGAAUUGAGGAGAAGCAUGCAUCGAUCAAACGCAGCCAAUGGUGUCGGUCAAAAUGGGCAGUCAAGUAGUUCACUUCGGUCGCACUCGCAACCUGCUGUGCGGUCUUCUUCCGGACAUAUGGCAGUGCAAGCAGUUGGAAUUUCGAAUCCUGGACUUGGUAUAUAUCAAUCGGCAAGGCAACCCACUGGUGUUCCUAUACCAAAUUUCAUUGCCGACGAAAAUCCCGAUCUAGGUGUUCCUGCUACCACCCCCCCAACAGAAGAUCCUCCCAAAGAAUAUGUGGGCUAUUAUGUUAACCAGACACGGCCGAAUCCUAUGCGAAGAGAAUCUGCAUUGGCUAUUCCGGCAUUUGGGGACCUUGCGCAUGGUGGCCGUAGGCGGCUUUCCACGGAUCAACUUCCGCAAUCCAUACUUGAUCGACUAAAGCGAGCAUCUCGUUCUCCAUCUCCACUUGGACAUGAUCGAACGUAUUCUACUGGGGGACCUCAUACGAUACCAUUUAAUUCGAUGCAGCCACAACACGGGAUUUCAAGUUCUAAUUUGCGUGCUUUGAACAUCCAAGCUCCCGCUGUUGUUAAUGGGUCUAACGUACCUGCUCCCGUUUCGAUUCCAAAUUGGCAAGCUUCUGUCAAUGGUGCGGUUAUGAUUGAUGACCAAAGCAGCUAUAUUGCGGUAGGUUCAUUGGACUCGGCAUCGCAAACAUCUGGAAUGAUCAGUGAGACACCAGAAAGUGAUGAAGAGCUGCCUGGACAAUUAACGCCCAGAGACCACCGAUAUGAGAUUCGAGCUGAGACUUUGCUGGAUAAUUGUUCUAAUACACAGGGCAUGAGCAUACCCAGGACACCCGAAAACCCAGUCAAGCAAACUAAUGGUCGUAUGGUCGCUGAGCUCCCGCCACGAUUAUCCCCAAAUUCGCGUAAUCGGUUAGCGAGGCAAAAUGGCGGGAUGUCUCCUCUUGAUAUUGGGGCUGGUCACCAUGAUGGUCUACGUGAAGAGUUACCGCAUCUAUCUCCUGUCUAUGAAACUCUAACUCCUUCUCCAACUGCGAAUCGAAAGUUUGAACCAUUGUCAGACCACAAGAGCAGUAGGGUUUCUAUGAAGAUCAUAGGUGAUAAUGGAGAGCUUAAUAGAUCAACACAUGAAUCUGAUCAAAAAUCAACCAGCUUAGAGCAAAGAUGGGACCAGAAGUUGGUCGGCCUAGAGCUCAAAUCGGAUCAGAAACCAUCCCAAAAACCAGUCAACUCGGAACAAAGAUCCGACAAGGCGGAAAUCAAAUCAGCCAAACCUGAGCCACAGACUGGUGGUGUUAACAACGGACACCAGGCCAAGCAGACUGGCACACUUCAUAAACCAAACGGGCAUACACGAGGGUCUAAGAGUGAAGGUGGAUCAUCUGGAACUUGGCAAAAGAUUACCAAAGGCGGCAAGAAGAAGGGCGCAACAACAGAGAUGAAAAGCUCUGUGAAUGGCCAACCACAAAGAGAGAAGUUGCCAAACAAUGAAUCUGAACGAAAGGGUGGUUAAGCCCAUCCUAUAUGUUUGGGGAAUAUAACUCGAAGCCUGCAAUGGCCCAAUCGGACGUCGCCCCAAAGAUGAUCAGAAUCGCAGCGUCCUAGCUCCUAGCUCCCAACCAGCACUACCCAGGCAUCUUUUGGUUACACGAGUAGCCACCCACGUGAACUUGUUUUGUUACCUUGCACUUCUUGUCAGUUUCGCUCAGAUUUCAAAGUCGGUCUUUUCUGCUUGUCGGAUUAGGGGCAGCUAUAGGAUGGGUAUAAUAUCAGCAAUUUCGUCACCUCUGAAACUUUUUCAUUUGUUUCAUUUGCCGCUUGAAAAGUUUGAUGAACCGUCAUCGUUCAUUAUAGGAGAGGUUGAUAGGUUAGGGGCCUAUCCGAAAGCGUUGAAUUGUUUUGUUUUUGUAAUUGAAGCAUUUGCAGCGGAUUCAUAAGGGCCUGGUUUUGAGAUGUUUUUUUUUUUUUUUGCGUUUGGGAUUGGGAUUGGUUCUGGUCUUUGAUAUACAUUGCAUGCAUGGGGGUCUGAAACUGGCAUAUUACAUUUCUGCGGUACACUCGAAAAACUUUUACACAUAACUGGUGUUAUUGGCAGUCUUUGAUGAUUUGGCAUGGCGCUGUGUUCAAUUAGGAGAGGGAACCAGCGAGCGAGAGUGCGGUCGACCAGGGGCGAAAAGAUGAGAAAAGGGUUGUUUGUGACAAGAUAUGGGCAUCCCUGUGUAUGUUUAUAGCGGCUAUGGAUGGAUUCAUGAAGA